AUGGGGGAGCCGGGCAGCCAGCAGGAGAAGAAGAAGCAGCCGCUGUUCAAUAACAGGAAUGACCCGGUGAAGAACUUCGAGAGGUGGAAGAAGAAAUACAGCCGGAAGAAGGAGAAGUGUAAGAUCCGCAGGAAGCAGAACAAGACGCCCGAAUGGCAGUCAGAGAGGGAUAGCAUCAGCCGCCUGGUGCAGAGCUACAGCCAGAUAAACACCAAUGAGGUUAAUAGAUUUUCAGACUUUCCCUUAUCGAAAAAAAACUAUUCAGGUUUGGUUGAGGCUCAGUACCGGUUGCCUACUGAGAUCCAGAAACAAACAAUUGGAUUGGCCCUACAAGGGAAGGAUGUUCUUGGAGCUGCUAAAACUGGGUCUGGAAAAACCCUGGCUUUUCUUAUUCCUGCUCUGGAAUGUUUGUACCGGCAGCAGUGGACAGCAGACGAUGGGCUUGGGAUACUGAUCAUCUCUCCUACCAGAGAGCUGGCUUACCAGACCUUUGAGGUUCUGAGAAAAUUGGGUCGGAACCAUGAAUUUUCUGCUGGGCUCAUCAUUGGAGGAAAGGAUCUGAAACAAGAAUCGUCCCGCAUUCAUCGCACAAACAUUCUCAUCUGUACCCCUGGUCGUCUCUUACAGCACAUGGAUGAAACAUCAUUUUUCCAUGUCAGUAAUCUGCAGAUGCUCGUGCUUGAUGAAGCUGACCGGAUUCUCGACAUGGGUUUUGCCGAUACAAUGAAUGCAAUUGUGGAAAACCUGCCCAAGAAACGGCAGACCCUCCUCUUCUCCGCUACUCAGACUAAAUCUGUGAAAGACCUUGCUCGCCUCAGCUUGAAGGAUCCGGAAUAUGUGUGGGUUCAUGAGAAGGCAAAAUUCAGUACGCCGGCAACUCUGGAACAGAAUUAUGUUGUGUGUGAUCUCCCGCAAAAGAUCAACCUCUUGUUUUCAUUUGUGCGUAAUCACCUCAAGAAAAAGAGCAUUGUCUUCUUCUCUAGCUGUAAACAGGUCCAGUAUUUGUUCCGUGCAUUCUGCAGGCUGCGGCCUGGUAUCCCCAUCUUGGCACUGCAUGGCAAGCAGCAGCAGAUGAAGAGGAUGGAGGUCUAUAACGACUUUGUGAGGAAACAGGCAGCUGUACUUUUUGCUACAGACAUUGCGGCCCGAGGAUUAGACUUCCCAGCGGUUAGCUGGGUACUCCAGCUGGAUUGCCCUGAAGAUGCUAACACUUACAUUCACAGAGUUGGGCGGACAGCCAGGUACAAGGAGGGCGGAGAAGCUUUGCUGGUUCUGUUGCCAUCUGAAGUGAAGGGGAUGGCCCGACAGCUGGAGGAGAAAAAAAGUGCCCAUUAA